AUGAGUGUCAGUCCGCCACCUCUGAAGAGAAGGCGUUUGGGCGACAACGAAACCAAGCCCACCACUCUGCCCAUGAAUUGUCCGGACAAGGACCACUUACGCGUGUAUUCCUGGAACGUCAAUGGAAUUCAGCCCUUCAUACAGAAGUCUAUCACUUCAUUCUUUCAACCCAAGAAACCAUCGUCCAAACAACCAAAGACAGCCACAGCAUCCCUGCGGGAUUUUCUACGGCGGCAUUCCUGGCCUACCAUUCUCUGUCUCCAAGAAGUAAAGAUCAAUCCAAACGAUGAAGCGACCAAAUCAGCGGUACGACAAGCCGUUAGAAGUACCACAGAAGACGAGCCUGACUACGAAGCCCACUUCUGUCUACCCACCGAUCCUCACAACGCCCGCGGUUUCGGCAGAAAAGUAUACGGUGUAUGCACAAUCGUUCGCAAAAGUUUCGUCGCCAAAUACCAACCGACCGUACGAACUGUGGACUGGGAUCUCGAAGGCCGCAUUCAGAUUGUCGAGACGGUAGAACCUAAAUUGAGCAUCUGGAACAUUUAUGCAGUCAAUGGUACCGACAACCCGUACAAGGACAGUAGAACGGGAGCUGUGGUGGGUACCAGACAUGACAGGAAGCUCGCAGUGCACAAAUAUAUGCUCGACGAAGCAAAAUCACUCGAGGCACAAGGCUUCAGUGUGAUACUUGCUGGCGACCUGAACAUUUCUCGAUGUCAUCUGGACGGUCAUCCCAAUCUACGCACAUCCCCUCAACAGCAUGUCAUCAAUCGCGCGGAUUUCAACAAGAAGAUCUUUGACGCGGAUGAAGGGCUCAAAGCUAUCGAUACGUACAGACACAUUCAUGGGGACGAAAAGGGUUAUACGUAUUACCCUCGUGGAAGGAAAUUUGGAAGCAGUUGCGACAGGGUUGACCUGAUCAUUUGUUCCAGAUCUUGGGAGGAGAAGAUUGUCGAUGCAGGUGUUUGUGCUACGGAAAAGGAAAGAGGGCCCAGCGACCAUGUUCCUCUGUUUGCAACCUUCAACUUUGAGCAGGAUGACCUGGCGACAGCUAGUAAAACCUGA